UUGUCUUCAGGCAUUUUACGGGAGCCCCACUCUCCUUUCGUCAAGCUGUUUAAGGACCCCAGGAUGUCCAUGCUUGCUGAGCCCCGGAGGAAACAAAAGUGGUCAGUUGACCCCAGGAACAGUGCCUGGAGCAAUGAUGACUCCAAAUUUGGCCAGAAGAUGCUGGAGCGGAUGGGCUGGUCUAAGGGCAAGGGCCUGGGCAGGAGUGAGCAAGGCUCCACCGACCAUAUCAAAGUAAAAGUUAAAAACAACAACUAUGGGCUUGGAGCCAAUGCCAGCUAUGAGGACAACUGGAUUGCCCACCAAGAUGAUUUCAAUGAGCUGCUUGCUCAGCUGAACAACUGCCACGGUCAAAACAACAGCAACGAACCUCCACCAGAUGAGCAGAAAGGCUUCAGCUUGGAAGAGAAAUCCAAGACCUCCAAAAAGAGGGUCCAUUACAUGAAGUUUACUAAAGGAAAGGACCUGUCCUCCCGUAGUGAAACAGACCUUAAUUGUAUCUUUGGGAAGAGAGCAAGAUCUGCCAAAGACCAAGAGCAGGAGGGCAACAGCAGUGAUUCUCAGGGCGAGAUGGAGGACAAUGGGACUCCUGCUACUCCUGAACUGGAUACGGAGUCCAUCUCCAAAACUGUGACGAGUACUCUCACUAUGCAGGAGUAUUUUGCGCAGCGAAUGGCUCAGCUGAAGAAGGCUCGGGGACAGGCCCAGAUUACGACAUCCCCGGUAGAGGCAGAGACCAACGAGACAUCAGGUCCAUCGGAGGAACCCAGUCCCAUCCACAGUAGCAACAAUGAUACGGAGGGGCCCAAAAAGAAAAAGAAGAAGAAGAAGAAACAAAAGGCUGCGGAUGAGGUGGAAGUGGAAGAAGACAACAGUAGUGCUCCCAUUGUGGUGGAAGACAAUGAGAACCAGGAGCAGGGACGUUCAAAGAAAAAGAAGAAAAAGAGGAAAAUGGCAGAAAACGAAGGAGCUACCGAUGAGAACUGUAGCUCCACCUCUGGUGUGGAGCAGAACUGCGAGGAACUGCCUCCCUCCAAAAAGAAAAAGCUUAAAAAGCACAAUAACGAAACUGAGCUACUAAAUGGACAAAAGCCAUCUGAGGAUCAAACUGCAGAAUCAGAGGUUGUACAGAAAAAGAAAAAGAAACACAGAGAGGAGGCAGGCGAUGUCGUAGAGGAGGACAAGGAGGAAGUGGUAGAGAAGAAGUCCAAAAAGGACAAGAAAAAGAAGAAGAAACAUUGAGAAUAGGGUGGAGUUAGGGGUAAGGAUAGGUCCUUUAGUCUUCAGGGGGACUUGGUACUCUUUGUACUGUUAUCUUGGAGGCUCACACACAUGGCCCUUUAUGUGCCAAUCAAAUGUCUUUGGAUGUACAAUCUAAUUACCUGUUUAUGAAGAACACUUUGCUACAGUGAGGGGGGAAAAAGAGGUUCGACAUUUGAUCAAGCUGCCCAGUAAAGCCACAAACUUGUACUGGUGGACGCUGGGAUACACUAUUGUUCCCUGCAGAUGGUAAAAUGCCUUGAUGAGAAGACCAGUACCACUCACGUCUGUACAAAACCAGUGUUGUUUUUACACAUGGGUUUUUGCUCUGAUUCAACAAACAAGACAAGACAUGUCAAUGAAUGAUCUUUAGAAGUGCUGGUAGGUAGAUGGUGGACAGAGCCAGGUUAGCUGUUUACAGUCUUUAUGCUAAACAAAGCUAAGCUAACCUACUUCUGGUCGUAGCAUCCUCUUUACUGUACAGACAUGAGAGUGGUAUUGAUUUUUUUCUCAUUCACAUCUGGGCAGGAAACAAACACAUGUAGGCUGCGAAAUAUGGAACUAUUCCUUUUUAAUCUGUUUGACAAAUCUAUUUCUUUAUGUAUGACUGGCUCAACAAUGUCUAAAAUGUAUUAAUACAGACAUCAGAAGCUGACAAAGUAUUUUAAUCAACCCUCUUUAAAAUAAUUAGAUGAAACUAAUGUGCUACAUUGUAUAAAGUCCUGUCACAUGUCUAAUGAAUAAAAUAGUCCAAUUUCCUACUAUUCUAA